AAUCUAGCAAAUCUUGUUGUGAAACUCUUGUUCACCAAUGGAAAGGUCAAACCAUGAUUCAGAAAUGGAGUUUCCUCAAGAUUUUAGAUGCCCAAUAUCCAUGGAGAUCAUGAAAGAUCCGGUGAUCAUCUCAACCGGAGUAACAUAUGAGCGUAAAAACAUUCAAAAAUGGUUCUUUAGCUACAAGAAGACCACAUGUCCUGCCACCAUGCAAAGUGUCGAAAAUUUCGAUAUCACUCCUAACCACACCCUCAAGAGGCUCAUUUUCGCGUGGCAUAAUAGCCAUUCACCAUCUUCAAGUUCACCAUCAUGCUCGCCUUCGUUUAGGCGAGAUGAAAUGGUGGCAUUACUCAAGACCCUAAACUCGUCUCCAUUCAAGGUAACUUCUUUGAGAAAACUUAAAGAAAUUGUUGAAGAUGGAGAUGAGAUGAAGCUUGAUUUCAUGUUAUUAGGAGGACUAGAAGUGCUUUUUCAAUUAAUCAUCCAAAUAUUAGCCGAUAGUUCGGAUUUCAUGGUGUUUAGAGCUUGUGAGGAGGCUUUAGGGGUUCUUCAACAUCUUCCUAUAUUGCAAGAAAGCGAUGGGAAGGUGAUUGAACUACUUUUGAAGCCCGAAUUCAUGAAGUCAAUGGUUAUUAUCCUUCAAAGAGGAAGUAAAGAAGCUAGAGUUUACACAAUGUCUAUACUUAGAAAACUAGCAAACUUGGAUUUCAAUUGGAAUGUUGUUUUAAAUGAUCAAGGUGUCGGUAUGUUCAAAUCCAUUUUGGAACUUGCAUCCGAUGAGAUUUCAACUAAAGUGAGUUCAUCUGCUUUGCAAGUAUUGAUAAAGAUUUUGGACUCGUCAAAGGAGUGUCGGUCAAAGGCUAUUGAGGCGGGUGCAAUGAGUAACCUAAUUGAGCUCCUACCUGACUCUAACUCUGACUCUGACAGAUCCAAGUGUGAGAAAAUAUUGCUUGCAAUCAAAUUAUUGUGCGAAUGCACAAAUGGAAAAGUGGCAUUUAUUGAACACGCUCUAGGGAUUGGCGCGGUAUCAAGCAAAUUGUUUGGUGUAUCGGAGAUAGCUUCAAAUAUUGGCAUACAUAUCUUUUUGUUGAUAUGUAGUUUUCAUGAUCCAACAAAUAAGGUUUUGGAGGAUAUGUUGAUCUAUGGGGUGGUCAAGAAACUCGUGAUAUUGAUGCAUAUGAGCGGACCAUCACCGACGAAGAACAAGAUGGUUGAUAUGUUUAAAAAACAUACCAACUUGUGGAGCCGAUACCCUUGUUUUCCUAGCGAAUUAAAAGGAUUUAUAGGCUCACAUCGUGUAUGAAUAACUUCUUAGGGAAACCUAAAAACAUGUGUGAUAAACAAAUCUUUUGUAAAAUUUAUGAUAUUUUGCUAGAUAAUAUAUAUAUAUAUAAAGGAAGAUCUAGUCAUUUAGAAAUA